UAAAGUUCUACUUGCAAGCGAAUUCUCCGAACUGCAUUGAUGCGCUUUGAGACAUAUAUUAUGGUCAUAAUGGUCUUACGUCAAAUAGACUGCUUUAUAAUUAACAUGAAGUUUUUGAAAUACCUCGCCGUUUGGCCGGGUGAAGACUCGACUCCCAGAUACAAAUACUACUCCACAGCAUUUAUCACGAUCUACAUAUUCGUCUACAUGACAUUAUUCACCAUAAACUUUCCCUUUUUGCCCAAACAGUUGGAUGUUUUUGUAGAAGACAUGCUUUUUUAUUUCACCGAUUGUGCCGUAGUAUCUAAAACUCUAACCAUUGUGUUUAUGCGUGAAAAAAUAUACGAUUUAUUUGACAUGCUGGAAAGUGAUAUUUUUCAACCAGAUGACGUUGAAGGCUUGGCUAUAAUAGAAAAAGCAAAGAAGUUUAUCAAGCUUUAUUGGAAUAUUUUUACGUCGGUCUCGUUUACUUCAAGUGCCGUUCAUCUCUCGCCGAUAAUAGUGCAUUUUAUAAUAGGAACUGAACUUAAACUACCCGUCUGUAGCUACAGGUUUCUGUCAGAAAAUUUCAGACAAAUGUUUGUAGUUCCGUUGUAUUUGUAUCAGGGCUCAGGAAAUAUGUUCCACAUGAUGUACAAUGUGAGUAUAGACACAUUUUUCGCGGGCUUGAUGGUACUAACAAUAGCUCAACUGGAUGUUCUUGAUAAAAAGCUAAGGAGAGUGACAGAUAAAGAUGAACAUGAAGAUGCAGAUGGUGAAACAUUUAGACAACGUCACGACAAACACAGAGAAGCUGUUAGGAAAAUAAACCAAUGCAUAAUUCAUUAUGAAGAAAUAAACAAAUUUCGCAGACUAGUUCAGGAUGUGUUCAGCAUAUCGUUAUUUGUACAAUUCGGCAUGGGAUCGUGCAUCAUCUGUAUAUGCUUGAUGAGAUUUACUAUGCCAGCACCGCUUAGUUAUUUCUUCUUCCUUGCCACUUACAUGUUUCUGAUGGUCAUACAAAUAAUGGUGCCCUGCUGGUUUGGGCAGCGGAUUAUAGAUAAGAGCAACUUUUUGGCUUUUUCUGCUUAUAACUGUGAGUGGACUUCUGAGACUCGUCAGUUCAAGAGUAACAUGCGACUUUUCGUAGAAAGGGCUAACAAACCCCUCUCUAUUACUGGAGGGAAGAUGUUCAGCCUUUCACUCGUCACCUUUACUUCUAUCAUGAAUUCUGCUUAUUCUUUCUUUACUCUUCUUCAAAAUGUGAAGUCUCGGAAGUAA